GUGUUUUUGAGUAAUUUUGUGUGUCACUUUGUCAUCUUUGGCUGUUCAGAUUUUAGAUGCUGUAUCCCAGCGUACUGAACAAACAUGAUGCAGAGGAAGCUGGCGCUGCUGAUUGGCAUCGGUGCCUUGACCAUCCUACUUAUCCUGAGGUGGGAGCACACGAUAACCCUGAUGAACAGAGAGACAGCCUCAGUACAGUCUGCACUGCAGCCAUGGCAAUGGGCACCCACGGACACCAUCACCCCCAUCCCAGGCUCCAGGCACCUCAUGGUAUCUGCCUUUAAGGACCACAGACUGGGCGGGGCCAUCAGGGUGAUCAGCAUCAUCUGCAGGCAGGAGCGCCAGCCGCUCUACUGUGUACUGUGUGCUAACACUGAUGCCAAUUCCAAGGCUGAUGCUAACGCUAACGCUGAUGCCAAUUCCAAGGCUGAUCCUAACGCUGAUGCUACUGCUAACGUUGAUGCUAAGGCUGAUAGGCCUCUGGGUCAGUGCACAUUUUUACAGGCAAAGGUUGACGUGCACAGCGAAAGCUUCGGCUUUUCUUUUGUGACUUCAGACGUGUUGUGUAUGAGUCCAGCGUUACAGCAAGCCACACAUGUCAGCAUAACAGCUAACCCAUACGCCAAAUUGACAUUUUUAUCAAUCCAAAACCAGGAGGUCAAGGAAUCGUUUAAGUACAACUUUACUGUAUGCAUAUCUAACAUUUUUGGGGAGUACAAUAAUGCCCUCCAAUUUGCACAAACCAUGGAGAUGUACAAGCUUAUAGGGGUUCAGAGGGUUGUCAUCUACAACACCAGCUGUGGCCCAGACGUUGAGAAAAUUCUCAAGUACUACAGGAAAGAGGGCAUGCUGGAGGUUGUGCCUUGGCCUAUAGACAAGUUCCUAACGCCCUCUACUGGGUGGAAAUAUGACUUACACCAUGGGGACAUUCAUUAUUAUGGACAGCUCACCACUCUGAAUGAAUGCAUAUACAGAUACAUGUACCAGUCAAAGUACCUCCUGCUGAAUGACAUUGAUGAGAUCAUUAUGCCUUACAAGCAUGCCAACUUGGAGAAGUUAAUGGGCACUUUACAGCAGCAGCAUCCCAAUGCAGGGGUAUUCGAGAUCGAGAACCACAUAUUCCCCAAAACACAGUUCGAUGACAGCGGCCGAUUUCGUCUGCCUCAGUGGAGGAGUGUGCCUGGUGUGAACAUCCUGGAGCAUGUCUACCGAGAGCCUGACAGGAAGCACGUGCUUAACCCCACCAAGCUGCUCAUCAACCCCCGGAGCGUGGAGCAGACUUCAGUACACUCCACGCUGAAGCAGUUCGGACUCGUCUUUAACGUCCCGUUCGAUGUAUGCCGCAUCAUCCAUGUCAGGGGGCCACUGCAAGGAAAACUCUCCAAAGAUCAGCUGUUCGUCGACAAGAAACUCUGGGAAUUUGAGAAGCUUUUGAUUCCCAGUAUCGAUCGCGCACUGAAUGAAUCAGGUGUGUUGUGAAUUACUGAUGCUUCCUACAGUGACCGUCAUUUGGUAACGCUGUAUAUCUUUUUGUUUGUCAACAAUGAUCUCUGACUAACUACUCACUCUCUGGUUGAAAUUCAGUUUAUUAGCUCACGUUAGACAGCCACUGUUCUCUAUUCUGAUUGGUGAGAAGACAGCAGCAGGUUGAAGUCCCUUGCCCGCUGUUACAGUCCUCUUUAGCCUCCGGGUGGCGUAGUUCUGUUUAGUUUGAGCCUGCUCUUUUUUCUGUUUUGAUGAAUGGGUUUCAGGUGCGACCUAGGUUCGGGGGUGGAGCCGUUGCCUUUAUAAAGCAUGUCCUGCCGUGGAUGAGGGCGUUAUCUUGCCAGUACCGAGUGGCCUCGCAUCCUGUUCCUAACGUCAAGACGGAUCUCUACUGUUGUUGAUUGUGCAACUAGUCUUUUGUUAAUAAAUAACCCCCUUAGACAC